AGAGAGAGAGAGAGAGAGAGAGAGAGAGAGAGAGAGAGAGAGACGAAGAAGAGGCCCUUGCAUUUCUCAUGAACUGUGGAGUCGUGUUGGGUUUCUAUUGUUGGGGUUGGGAGUUCUUAACUGCUCGUCUUCUCUUCUGUUCUCCUGAUCAGCUUAAUUAUCAUCCUUAAUCUUCUUCCUGAUCUUCCUGUAAGAAACUCUCUCUCUCUCUCUCUCUCUCUCUCUAAAAAAUCCAUUCCAAUGGAGGGUGUGUGUGAGAAGGGUUUGUUAGAAUAUGUAAGGAAGUCAAGCCCGCCACCUUUCUUGCUAAAGACGUUCAUGAUGGUGGAGGAUCCGGCGACCGACGACGUGAUAUCGUGGAAUGCGGAGGGGACGGCGUUCGUGGUGUGGCAGCCGGCGGAGUUUGCCCGGGAUCUCCUCCCAACACUUUUCAAGCAUAGCAACUUCUCUAGCUUUAUCCGGCAGCUCAAUACCUAUGGUUUUCGAAAAGUUGCAACAAACCGGUGGGAGUUCUGCAACGAAAAGUUUCGAAAGGGUGAAAAAGAGUCGCUAUGUAAAAUUCGUCGCAGAAAAGCAUGGGCCAACAAGCAACAAGCGGCAGCGGCGGUGCCACCGCAAGAUCAGUUUGAUGAAGAUCAAAGGUCAUCAUCAACUUCAUCGUCGUCGGGUUAUGUCAGCCUUAUUGAUGAAAACAAGCGUCUCAAGAAAGAGAACGUGGUCUUGAAUUCCGAGCUCUUGAGCAUGAAAAGGAGGUGCAAGGAGCUUUUGGAUUUGGUGGCGAAGUUGGCGCAUUCGGAUAAAGAUGAGAAAGAUGAAAGGCCAAAGCUGUUUGGAGUGAGGCUGGAAGUUCAAGGAGAGAGGGAGAUGAAGAGGAGGAGGGCAGAGAUUAGUGAAAGCGCAAGCAUUUUAUUAUCUCAAUCCUGCAAAUAAGUUUCAUGCAUUACUGUAGUCGAAGAAUAGUUAGCUACUUAAUUAAAAAAAAUUAGUGGCUUAAUUGGACUAUAUCUUAACGAUCGGAAAACAGAAAAAGAAAAGGAAAGAGAAAGAAAAGAAAAAUUUUAGACUGUGAAGAUGCUAUAUUGCAUGUAAAACAAUGUUAAUUAGUGAAGGAACUGUGAAGAUAGUUCAAGGAACGUAUGUAAAUCGUUAUUUACUCUUAGAAAGGUGAUAAAACGGGCACAAGCCUGAUAAACUUGUAGGAGCAUAUAUGAAAUACGAUUGAUAUGUCUCCUUAAUUUGAUGAUAAAUUAGAUUACUUUUGGAUGAUUUAGUUUU